UGGCCCGCUGUAAAGACAGGGAAGACUAGCAGCAAGGAUGUGGAAAGAUGCAUAUAUCCAUUACUUUCUACUCUCUUCCUGUCUUCUUUCUCUUACCUUGACAGGUCUUGUAGCUGUAAAUGGAGAUCUGAAAAAGGAAUUUUACAUAGUUUUCUUGAGAGAUCGUCCACCCUUCUCAAGAGAUCGUCCACUUGACGAGGAAUCUUUAUUUAAGUCACACAUUGAUAUCCUCUCAACAUUGAAGGGAAGUGAUGUCGAUGCUAAGGAGUCCCAUGUGUAUAGCUAUACCAAAAUUUUCAAUGCAUUUGCAGCAAAACUAUCUGGAGAUGAAGUCAAAAAGUUAUCCAGCAUGGACGAGGUGCUUACUGUUUUCAAAAAUCAAUAUAAAAAACUGCAUACGACUAGAUCGUGGGACUUCCUUGAUUUUCCUCAAUCAGUAAGAAGAAAUUUGAAAAUGGAAAGCGACAUUAUUGUUGGUGUACUAGAUACAGGUAUAACUCCAGAUUCAGAGAGUUUUAAGGAUGAUGGAUUAGGUCCUCCCCCGACAAGAUGGAGAGGAAGUUGUGGGCCCUUUGCUAAAUUUUCAGGAUGCAAUAACAAGCUUAUAGGAGCCAAAUUCUUCAAGUUAGACCAAGAACAACCACUCCCAGUUGGGGAAAUAUUGUCGCCUGUAGAUGUGGUUGGCCAUGGGACCCAUGUAUCAUCAACAGCUGUGGGACGUCUUGUAGCAAAUGCAAGCGUAUAUGGACUUGGUAGAGGGACUGCACGCGGAGCAGUGCCGUCGGCGAGAUUUGCUAUGUACAAGGUGUGCUGGGGUAGAGGCGAAGAGGGUGGUUGUUCAGAUAUGGACACUCUUGCUGCCAUUGAAGCCGCUAUCAGUGAUGGUGUUGAUAUACUGUCCAUGUCUCUUGGUGCUCAAUCGAAAGAUCUCUUGACCGUUGAUGGAGUGGCUUCAUUUUUGGCCAUGAGAGCUGGUGUCAUCACUGUUGCUUCUGCUGGAAAUGAUGGACCAACUCCCAGUACCGUCAAAAACCAUGCACCCUGGAUAUUAACCGUGGCAGCUACUGGUAUGGAUCGACAAUUCAGGAGCAAAGUUGUAUUAGGCAAUGGAAAAACCACUUCAGGAAGGGGAGUAAACGCAUUCAAUACUAAGCGAAAAAUGUACCCAUUUGUUUUGGGGGCUGAUGCAGCCAAAACAUCUUCGACCAAGUUAAAUGCAAGUAAUUGUAUUGAAAACUCAAUAGACCCUGUCAAGGUGAAAGGAAAGAUUGUCUUGUGCAAUUUAGUGUCGGAACUACCUGAUUCUUAUAUCAAAAGCAUUGGAGGGAUUGGCACUAUCAACAAUUAUGGUACCGGGAUUCUUUACUAUGACCUAAUUUACAUGGCACCUGGAACCACAGUGAAUUCCACCGAAGCUGAACCCAUUAGUGACUACUAUUUACACUCUGUAAGAUCACCAUCUGCAGUGAUAUACAAGUCAGAAGAAGUUAAAAUCCCAGCUCCAUUUAUGUCUCCUUCCUCAUCUCGAGGUCCAAGUCCAGGAUCAGAAUACAUUCUCAAGCCUGAUAUUGCAGCUCCGGGUGUCGGCAUCUUGGCAGCAUACACCCCUUUGGUGACUCUUACUGGGCGUAAAGGUGACACCCAACAUUCGAAAUUCGCAUUUGAUACUGGAACUUCUAUGGCAUGUCCACACGUUAGCGGUGUAGCUGCCUAUGUAAAGUCAUUCCACCCGGAUUGGCCCCCGGCUAUAAUAAAAUCCGCUAUAAUGACAACUGCAACACCUUUGAGCCCAACAGUGGAUAGUGAUGCUGAAUUUGGCUACGGUGCUGGCCAAAUGAACCCAACCAAAGCAGUGAACCCCGGCCUAGUCUACAAUAUUGAUAAUGAAGAGGAUUACAUUCCAUUUCUAUGCCGGGAGGGCUACAGUGGAUCCAUUCUCACCUUAUUAUUCAGUGGAAAUGUGAAUUGCUCGGAUUAUUCUCCUCCAACAAGUUAUGAUGCUCUUAACUAUCCCACUAUGCAACUUCACUUGAAAAACACUCAACGCCCAACCACAGUCGUUUUCCAAAGGACAGUCACUAAUGUUGGUCCUUCUCCAUCCAUUUACAAUGCUACCAUUAUAGCACCCAAAGGAGUGGAAAUCACUGUCAAGCCUAUGAGUCUCUCCUUCUCUACUGCCUUCCAGGAGCGCAACUUCAAGGUCGUGGUGAAAGCGCAACCCAUGUCUAAGGGUGUAAAAAUAAUUUCAGCUUCACUCUCAUGGAGAAGCUCUAAACAUGUUGUCAGGAGUCCAAUUGUUAUUUAUCAAUGAGAAGAUCGACUUACCUGCAAUGGAUGGUGAAAAUUUGUAAAAGAUGAAGUGCAUGAUUAAAAAUAAAAAUGCACGAUAAUCCAAUGUACGUGAUUUAGGAAUACUAUGUUUGUGUGUGUAUGUGUGUUUGUGAAUAUGUAUUGCAACUCUAUGAGACGUAAGAUUUUUCGUGAUGCAACUUGAAUUGCCAAUU